AUGGCAGAGCAGAGUCCUCUUCUGGGCAAAGACGGGUUUAAGAUAACCGUAGAAAGAUCCUCACAAUAUUUGAUGAUGAGGAAUAUGAAAGCCGGAUGGCAAUAUAUUAUAAGGAGAUUCAUCGAGGGAGGAGGGACAAUCUUAGACCUUGAAUAUUUAAACGACGAAAGAGGUCGAAGAAUAGCAGCAUUUGGUUUUCAUGCAGGUUUUGCAGGGGCAGCAAUUGGUCUCGAUGUUUGGGCACGCCAAUGUCUACAUCGUGGGCAAGAGUAUCCGUCAAUUGACCCUUACCCUAAUGAGGACGAGCUUGUGAAUAAUAUCAAGUAUAGUUUGGAUGCUGCAGGUAAGAGGACAACAAUGAUAUUGUUCUUGACUUUGGUAACGCUUGCGUCCCAGCAAUCACCCUCUCAACAGGGACAUUACCAGUUGAAGAAGCCCAGAAUAUUAGACAUGUCAGCUAUACUGUUUAAAAGGUUAUUUGAAAUAUUAAGAGUAAAGCUGCAACUGCUACCGGAAGAUGAAUGGCAUAAGGGGUAG